CAAGCUCAUCUCCUUAUCUACACCAGUCUCCUCUCCUUUGUUCUGGGAGUUUUCCCUUCUUUUCCAUCCCCUCAGCAAGCCUGGAAGGAAUCUGAACAGCAUCUCUCCAAUUUGGGCCGCAAUCAUGGACGUGGCGAGCGCGACUUUCACCGCGUUGAACCAAACGCAGGGCUACUUCAACGUCCUCGAAGAAGUUGGCAAAUACAAUGUUCACCUGAACUACUUUGAGCGCCUCUGGGCUGCUUGGUACCUCUUCAUGCAGAAUGACACUCUGGCAACCGGCAUCCUCAGCUUCGUCAUGCACGAGGUCAUCUACUUCGGCCGCUGCAUUCCCUUCAUGAUCAUGGACAAGAUCCCCUACUUCCACAAAUACAAGAUUCAGUCUCAGAAGAUCCCUACCCUCAAGGAACAAUGGGACUGCGCCUCCAUCGUCCUCAUCAGCCACUUCACCGCCGAACUGCCUCAGAUCUGGUUCUUCCACCCCGUCGCCACCUACUUCGGCAUGGACUACGGUGUUCCAUUCCCCUCGCUCUUCACCAUGGCCUGGCAGAUCGCCAUCCUCUUCGUCUUCGAGGACACCUGGCACUACUGGUUCCACCGCGCUCUUCACUACGGUCCUCUCUACAGGAGCAUCCACAAGAUGCACCACCUGUACUCUGCUCCCUUUGGCUUGGCUGCUGAGUAUGCUUCGCCCAUUGAGACCGCUCUGCUCGGAAUUGGUGUUGUUGGAUCUCCCGUCGUUCUCCUUGCCAUCACUGGCGAGCUUCACCUGCUCACCAUGUAUGUCUGGAUCACCCUCCGUCUUCUCCAGGCCAUCGACGCCCACAGUGGCUACGACUUCCCUUGGAGCUUGCGCCACUUCCUGCCUGUCUGGGCCGGUGCCGACCACCACGACAUGCACCACGAGAAGUUCAUUGGCAACUACGCUUCCAGCUUCCGCUGGUGGGACUACAUGCUCGACACUGAGGCCGGUGCCGAGGCCCACAAGAGACGCCGUGAGAAGAAGUUGGCCCAGCUCAAGGCCAAGAAGGCUCAGUAAACAGCUUUGGUUCGCCCGCCUUGUUUGAACCACACUACAUGGGGAUGAUACAUUUUUUCAAACCGACAAUGAAAAGGAGGCACGAUUUGAGAAAUACACACACUUGAUGAGAUGAGAAAAAAACAGAAGGAUUAGAUUAAUAGUCAGCUAUGGCCUAGCUGCGGCAGCCUCCGACAUGGCAAUGGCAUCAACCGGCGUUGGGGGGGAGUGGCGUGAGCAUGACCUUCUUUAAUGUUUUGUAUAUAUACGAACUUUGCGAACACCCUAGACAUAUACUUUAUACAGCUCAACGUCAGUUCCAUGGUUAAC